CAAGUGAUAUCUAGGGAAAACAUAAAAAUAGAGGACAAAAUUAUGUACUGUUGCAGUUUAUGGAGAAGUAUCCCGACAUCGCCAGAGGGUUUACCAAACUAGAAAAGGCGCGUGUGGACUCCCUUUGGCAACAAUUAGCAGAGUCGCUUAACAGAGCAGGCCCGCCAAUAAAGGAUGUGAACGGUUUGAAGAAGAUAUGGACGGACUGGAAAAGCGAAGUGAAAAAGAAGUUGGCGCAGAAUAAAAUCGAAGCCCGAGCCACUGGUGGAGGACCAUUUUCUAAGUAUACAUUGAACCAAACAGAGGAAACCCUUGUACGCAUUUGUGGAAUGGCUCAGAGUGUUGGAGAGGUUUCGGGACUAUCAUUUGGUCUCGAGGAAGAAUAUUUAAUAUCAAGCGAUGACGAUAUCCCUUCAACUUCUGCGAAACGUCCUCGUCUUGACACCUCUAUCGCUCAAAAACCUACGCCAAAAGAAACAACAAAUGAGCGGCUAAAAAAGUUUUUUAAGUACGACAAAGAAUGGAAGCACAAGGGAGACAGACAAGGCUUUAGUCAGCGCGGUUAAUAACCUAACACAGGAAUUCAAAAAAUCCACCAAAAAAAUGCUUGAAGUAUUACGCAAACAUGAGGAGGAGGAGAAUGAUCCCUUGGAAGAGUAUGACUGAU